UUUUUUAAUUGAAGCAAAAUAACUGUAUGUUAGCGAUAAGCGCUUUGUUUUGUAAAGCAAUUAAUUGUUCGUCAUGUAUAAGUACUUUAAUUGUAUAAAAAAUAAGCGUCGUUUCUCAGUUCCUAUAGUUUCAUACACAUGUGUGAGCACACAAUAACAUUGUGUAUAUGAAAAUGGAUUAACUAAUUUGCGCGAUUUUACCUGGAAGUAACUAUAAUCAUGGAAGAGUUGUGCAGCAAUUUUGGACAUUCGAGUACUUCUAGUACCGGUAGCAAUUCAUCAAUUUCAGCUAAGACAGCAUUGAGUGAGUGCUCAGCCGCUUGGAUCAAUUACUUGAGUGCUUUGAAUAGUCUAUGCACAUCUGGUUCCAAGUUGGCACAUUCCAUAGCAGUCUUGGAGCAGUGGUCAUUAAAUGAAAAGCCGCUGUUUAACAAUUAUACGACAUCUUAUUUAACAAAUUCAUGGAAUGAUCUGGCCAGGGCAACCACAGUGGCAACAGGUACUGUUAAAACUCACAUGUUGGCUAUACUACAGGACUUUGUUACCAUACCGUCCGUGGAUCAAUCUGCUUCUAUGAAUACCGAGCUGGAACAAAAACGACUCAGAGAGCAUAAUGAGCUUAUCGUUCUGGAAAAUGCACAAUCAGUUAUCAACAUUCAGCAUCAGUUUUGUGCAGCUAGCUACGAUGCGUUUUCAUCGCUAACAUGCUGCUUCGUUUGUCAAUCCCCAGUCGGAUUUCCGCAUGAACAAGACUGUAGCGUUCUCAAGCAACGAUCUCAAUACGAUCAACGGUCACAGACCCCAUCGCCAAACUUGUGUGUCUCAAAUGUAAAAUCGGAUUCGUCGAAAGGAAAUUCGCUAACCGAUCAGCGCCCUAUUGCAAUUGGAAUUACGGAAUCAGUGGAACAGCAGCGUUGCCCAUCGCCGGUACUAACGUUUCAUGAUCCAAAUCCAAUGCAAGCUAUUUUUGAACACACACGUGGUCCGUUGCCAAACCCAGGACACUUGCUUUCGAUGAAGACACCAUUUCACCGGAAUGUAAAAUCAUCUUUGAGUUUCCCAUUGUUUCCUUUAAAUGGGCAGCGCCGUUGGUCAGAAGCUGCUGCUGGUGAAGUUAUUGAUGGAAACUCUACUGAUCCUGAAAGCCAAAUGAGGAGAUGGUCCAUGCCAUGGGAAGCAACGAAGUCUGACACCAACACAGUGACGUGGAACCAAACCAGAAUAAUGCCAAUGAAUACUUUAAAGACUUCUUCUUAUAAAAUGUCUAGCUCUGACCGAUACACUUCACAUAAUUCAGAUGGAAACUGCCCUUUGCCAUCAAGUAGUCAGGAUGGUCUACUAGAAGCUAUUCAGUUACUAUCUAUAAAACCAACCACAAUGAAUCAAAUAAAUCCUCAUACUUGUAUUCCGCCCACCUCUCCGGAUGGCGGUAUAGACUAACUUUAAAUUUGGAUAAAUUUUUCAUUUGUUGUCAAUGCAUGUUUCGACUUCAUUAUUUCAUGUUUUCUAAUAGCGCUUCGGCUGUAAAUACAACCAGCUAAAUUUUUUCUUAGAACGAAAGGGGACACAGAAAUGUUUUGAUUGCGCUAAGCCGCGGUAGUCUGGUCUUGUCUUAUAUGUUGUACCCGUGGCUAUUAGGCCUUAAAGUUCUGACUUUGUGGGGCAUGGCAAAGCAUAAACUUUACAGUGCACUUUUUCUAUGCAAAGGUGCAUCGUGCGUUCCACCAACUAUCUCAACUGAUAGUUGUGAAGCUGGUUUGCUCAGUAUUUACAUGUUCACUUACCUGUAUGCAAGUACUCUUUUAAAGAUGAUUACACUGAAAACGAGCAUUUUCCAUCUAUAGUAUGUUAAUCUACUAGUAAAAGAAUUUAUUUGUGCUGGUAUAAUGCCAUUCAUUAUAAGUAGGUAAAUCUUACACACUUAAUGCUAAGUAGAUUUUCGGUUUUAAAAUUUAAAUUAUGACACUAGUGAGAUAUUUUCUAUUUCUUAUUCCUACGAACACUUAUAGUUAAAAUAUCAUAAUUAUACCAAUAAUAUGAUCUAUCUUUCUGUUUUUUUAAUGAUGCUUACACAUACGCACAUUAUUUUUACACCCAAACAUACAUCUUUAUGUGUGCAUAUGGCUUCAUUUUUGUUUUUGUGGGUUACAAAUAUGUAUUUUAUAAGGUUAUCCGUAGUUUACUAUUCGGUGUUCACUAAUAGGGGGGAUUUCUAUCA